CUGCAUAUGCUCUUCAUUAAGUAACUUGGACCACAUGAUCGUAGCUUUGGUUAAAUAAUUCUUUUCUACGUUCUUUGAUACUAUUAAAAAGCAAGAAGAAUUUGUGUCCUAAAAUGUCCAAAAUCACAUUGACUUGAAAAAGUUACUAGACAUCCUCGGUAUAUCCGCUUCCCAAACCUCAAAGAUGAGUAAAUGAAAUUGUAGGAACUUUUGUUCCAGGGGUCCUUGGCUUCUAUUCCCUGUUAAGCUCAGUUGUUAUCAGAGCAUGGUAAUACAAUCAUGUAGACUGUUUAGCCCAAUUACUUCUAGAGAACGCAUGGAAGUGGCUUGUCAUGUAAGGUUCACUGGAUUGAGUUGUUACUGUAGUUGAUUAAAGGGAUUGUGAAGAGAAUAGGCUCAGAAUUGCCUGCAAACUCGUCAGUAUUGGACCAUGAAUAGUGCUGGGAGUUCUGGUGUUGAUACAAUUAGCAAUUUGCAAUGUAAUGUCCUAGAGGAAAUUCUAGGGUGCUUGCCUUUGAAAGAUGCAGUGAAGACCAGUGUCUUGUGAAAAGGCUGGAGGUACAAAUGGGUCACACGUCAAAAACUUGAUUUUAGUGAUGAGUUUUUCAGGUCAUUUGCACAUGAUCAAGACGCUAAGACAAUCAUUUACCAAGUCCUAUUACUCCAUAAAGGACAAAUACUGAAGUUUAAACUCGGAGGCCCUAAUUUGAGGAAUUGGCCUGAUAUUGAUCACUGGAUACUCUUUUUGUCAAAGAAAAAUAUCCAGGAAUUCACCCUUCACAUACGGUCAGGCAACAUAUAUGUUUUACCUUCUCACCUUUUUACAUUCCGACAACUAAGGCAUCUGGAAAUUCAUAAAUGCUUGUUUUCCCCUCCGCCUGGUUUCAAAGGGUUUGAGAAGCUUAUUAAUCUUGAUUUUUAUGGACUCACUUUUGUUCCAUCAGUAUUUUGGAAUCUCAUCUCUAAAUGCCCAUUGCUUGAACGAUUGAGGUUGCUUUGGUGCGUUGACUUUGACACCCUUGAAAUUGAUGCCCCUAGUCUCAAAUUCUUUGAGUUUAGAGGAAACUCAAAAGUCCAUUUGCUUCAAGAACACCCCGAUGCUUGAAAAAGUUGCUGUGUAUCUCAGAUCACGAGUUUUGCCUGAUUCAUCUCCUGGUUGUUCAAAUCUUAUGAAGUUCUUUCAUUGCAUCCCUUCCCUACAGGAACUGGAAAUACGUGGUUCGUUAUGGGAGUACUUGACCGUGGGAGGUCUGCCACAUAAUCCCCCGACUGCUCUGAAUAAUGUCAAAUCUCUCAAAAUGGCGGACAUGUCUUUCGGGGAUCUUAAGGAGGUUUCGGUUGCUGUUUACUUGAUUACAAGCUGCCCUAAAUUACAACAGCUUACAAUUAAAUGUGAAUCAGUGAACAAUGUUGUGGAAGCUGUUGUACAAUUCUUACAAGACCAAACAUGCUCUGGUGGUGUUGUGAAGCUGCUUCAAAGUGUGGAGAUGAGUCAUUUUACUGGCACUAAGAUGGAAAUGCAAUUUGUGAGGUUUAUACUAGCAUCUGCACCAUUACUUAAGGAAAUUUUCAUUUGGAAUUUUUCAUAUAUCCUUCAGUCGGGAAGACAAAUGAUAAAUGAGAUGAAACAAUACCGUCGAGCAUCGCCCAAUGUUGAAUUCAAGUUUGAAGCUGUUGAGGUAGAAUAGUAGAAGAUCAUGUAUUGAUUGAAACCCAAGAAGCCAUGGAAGUACCAUGUAUACUACUUGUCCUUUGACUUUGCUCGUUAUGCAGUGUGUGUAGUAAACAGUGUAAAGGUGCUUGCGUAAGAGAGAUUGUUCAACUAUCAUAGCUUAUCAUGUAAUCUGUCUCUAUGAGUUUAACUUGCUAUGUUUCAAACGUACGUACCUACAAUCAGAGCAUGCUUAAUUCA